AUGGAAAUGCCUAAAGAAACUUCAGCCAAAUUAGAUAUGAGUUUAGAUGAAAUAGUAAAUAAAGAAGCAUUAAAUAAAGAACAGAACGGAGAUAAAAAUGAGAAGAAAGCAGUGAAUUUAAAAAAAAAUCGAAAAAAGGUCUCCUUAAAAAAAUCGAAAAAAAAAAUAUUAAACUCAUCAAAAAAUAAUCAAAAAAAUAAUAAUAAAAUUCUUCAAAAAAUUCCCAUAAAUAAUGCGAGCACUUCAAUAGUUUGCCCACCACCGCCUCCUCCUCCUCCUCCACCUCCUCCAUUGUCAAAAGAAAAUUCAGUGAACUGGAACUAUAGGAAAAAUCUUAAUCUUAACCCUAAUCCUGCUCAUCUUAUAGCAAAUAAUACUAGUCACAAUCUUAACAUAAGUCACAUUAGUUCUAAUCCUAGUCAUCUAAGUACUAAUCCAAUUGGUCAUAAUCCAAACAUAAAUAUAAAAACAACGAAUGUCAAUUUAAGUUGUAUAUCAAAUUGUAAUAUGCAUAUGAGUACAAAUGUUCAGUCAAACUUAUGUUAUAGUAACAAUUCCAAAAAAAAUUAUAAAAUAAAUAAUUUAGGGGACUCGGCAAAUUUUAUAACUAGUCCUACUUUAAGACCCGCACCGUAUCAGCAGAGUAAUAAUUCCAUUAAUAUAAAUGUUGAAAAAAAAAAUUCUUUUGUUACUAAUAACUUUGUGCAUCAAAAUAAUAAUGAGUAUUCCUAUAGCGAUAUUCAUCAACAACAAAAUAAUAAUAAAAAAUUAUCUUUUUCACCAAAUAUAAGACCAAAUUAUUCAAAUUUACCAGUUUAUAAUAAUUCAAAAUAUUAUUUAUUAAAACCAUCCUGUGAUAUAGCAUUAUCAAAACCUCCGCAAAAUCAUUUACGAUCAAAUGAAUAUAACGAAAAUAAAAUAAUUUUUGCAAACUAUCAAAAUAAUAUUAAUGAAAAUAAUAUACCUAAAUGUUUUCAACCGAGAAAUUUUGUUAAUGAAUCAAACAUAAAUAUUUGGGGAAACAAUAUGAAUGUACCUCUCCCAAAUAAUCUGCACGAUAGCAACAUGGUUAAUAUGAAAUAUCCCAUAUUUGAACAAAAUAUUGACAAAAUAAAAUAUAAUAAGUAUAAAGAGAAAAUUACUAGAAUGAAUAAUUCAACAUAUGCAAAGAAACCACAUAAUAUAAUAGUUACAAAUAUACCUAAAAAUUUAACUUCAAGAGAAAUUUUAGAAACAUUCAGAUGCAUGGGAAACGUUUUACGAGCUGAUAUUAUGUUGACAAGCAAAGGUGAGCAUUCAGGUUGUGCUUGCAUAACUUUUGCUGAUCUAGAAUCAGCUGCAUUAGCAGCUAGUCGAUAUGAUGGUGGAACUUUAAACAAGCAGAAAAUAAAAGUAUUUGUAGAAUAA